AUGCGGCUGUGCGGAAAGAACUUCAGGUGGAGUAGCGCCCUUACUUCGCAUCAAAGAACUCACACAGGGGAGAAACCUUAUAAAUGCUUGGAGUGUGGAAAAAGCUUCAGGUGGAGAAGCACCCUUCUGGUGCAUCAAAGCACUCACACAGGAGACAAACCUUAUAAAUGCUGGGAGUGUGGAAAGAGCUUCAGUCAGAGUAGCCAGCUUACUUUGCAUCACAGAACUCAUACAGGGGACAAACCUUAUGCAUGCUUGGAGUGUGGAAAGAGCUUCAGUCGGAGUGGCAACCUUACUUCACAUCAAAGAACUCACACAGGAGACAAACCUUAUAAAUGCUUGGAAUGUGGAAAGAGCUUCAGUCAGAGUAGCAACCUUACUUUCCAUCAAAGAACUCACACAGGGGACAAACCUCAUAAAUGCUGGGAGUGUGGAAAGAGCUUCAGUCAGAGUAGCCAGCUUACUUUGCAUCACAGAACUCAUACAGGGGACAAACCUUAUGCAUGCUUGGAGUGUGGAAAGAGCUUCAGUCGGAGUGGCAACCUUACUUCACAUCAAAGAACUCACAUGGGGGACAAACCUUAUAAAUGCUUCGAGUGUGGAAAAAGCUUCAGUGAGAGAUUCUCCCUUACGGUGCAUCAAAGAGUUCACACAGGGGACAAACCUUAUAAAUGCUUGGAGUGUGGAAAGAGCUUUAGGUGCAGUAGCCACCUUACUUCACAUCAAAGAACUCACAUGGGGGACAAACCUUAUAAAUGCUUCAAGUGUGGAAAAAGCUUCAGUGAGAGAUUCUCCUUUACGGUGCAUCAAAGAGUUCACACAGGGGAAAAACCUUAUAAAUGCUUGGAGUGUGGAAAGAGCUUCAGUCAGAGCAGCAACCUUACUUCACACCACAGAACUCAUACAGGGGACAAACCAUAUAAAUGCUUGGAGUGUGGAAAAAGCUUCAGGUGGAGAAGCACCCUUCUGGUGCAUCAAAGCACUCACACAGGAGACAAACCUUAUAAAUGCUGGGAGUGUGGAAAGAGCUUCAGGUGGAGAAGCAACCUUACUUCGCAUCACAGAACUCACACAGGGGACAAACCUUAUAAAUGCUGGGAGUGUGGAAAGAGCUUCAGUCAGAGUAGCCAGCUUACUUCGCAUCACAGAACUCAUACAGGGGACAAACCUUAUGCAUGCUUGGAGUGUGGAAAGAGCUUCAGUCGGAGUAGCCAGCUUACUUCGCAUCACAGAACUCAUACAGGGGACAAACCUUAUGCAUGCUUGGAGUGUGGAAAGAGCUUCAGUCGGAGUGGCAACCUUACUUCACAUCAAAGAACUCACACGGGACAAACCUUAUAAAUGUUUGAAGUGUGGAAGGAGCUUCAGUGACAGUAGCACCCUUACUUCUCAUCACAAAACUCAUACAGGUGACAAACCUGAUAAAUGCUUGGAGUGUGGAAAGAGAUUUAAUCAGAGUAGCAACCUUACUUCACAUGAAAGAUGUCACAGUGGAGACAGACCUUAUCAAUGCCUGGAGUUUGGAAAGAGCUUCAGUAAGAGUAGCUCCCUUACUUCUCAUCAAAGAGGUCGCACACCGGACUAACUUUAUAAAUGCUUUGAGUACGAAAGAGCUUCAGGUGGAGUAGCAACCUUACUUUGCAUCUAAGAUGACACACAGGGGACAAACCUUAUCAAUGCUUGGAGUGUGGAAAGAGCUUUGGGUAGAGUAGUGCCUUUACUCAACAUCAAAUAACUCACACAGGGCACAAACCUUAUAAAUGCUUGGAGUGUGGAAAGAGCUUCAGUCAGAGUAGCCACCUUACUUUGCAUCACAGAAUGCAUACAGGGGACAAACCUUAUGCAUGCUUGGAGUGUGGAAAGACCUUUCGUCAGAAUGGCUCCCUUCAUGCAUAUCAAAGGAUCUGUUCAAGGGAAGAGAUGUAUAAAUGCUUGGAAUGUGGAAAAAGCUUUAAACAGAGUUCAACUCUUUGUUUGCAUCAGAGUAUCCAUACGGGGAAGCUGGGCUACCAACAGGAUCUUUAUGGGGAGGCUUCUCUUAGCUUAACCACACACUGUUCCACUUCCCUUCACCUGCUAUCUUGGUGGCCUGUCAGUUUUUCCUUUGCAGAGACAGAGGCAUUUUUGCUUUUACAGAGUUGGGUGAGCACCCAAGAUGGAUGCUGAGUCCAAGGUGGCUGCAGAAGCCAAAAUGGCCUCUCAGUUGUCCACUUUUUCCCCAUCAUAUCUCCCUCUCUGGCAGUUUCUAGCUGCCAGAUUCAAUAUUCAAUUAAGGACAUUUCAUGUAUUACUUUAUCUACUUCCUCUAGAUCCUCUGUCAUUGUUACCUCCAUGUGCAUCAUUCGAACAUCAGUUUUUGUGAUGGACUUAGUAGUCUUUGCCACACAGCGUCUAAUACAACGUAAAACCAACUGGAUUAUUACAUAUAUGAGCACAAGCAAACAUUAUCCCAUUAUAACAUAUUUUAGCAGAUUUUUUCCUAGGCCUCCUAGCCAUCCACCUGGAUUUGGUAGCCAUCCCCACCAAUCAAAAUCGCUACUCCGGUCAAAAUAAGCUACUGCUGCUAUUUCCUCAGCAUGAUCUAUUAUGGAGUUGGCAUGGGAUUCAAUCUCUCCAGCUGAACUGUUUAUGUAGGAACAACAUUCACUCCCAAUGAUGGUGCAAGUCAUUCCAUCCGUAGCGAGCAGAGUCCAGUGCCAUCCUGUUUUGGAGAACCGUUUUCCUUACUUGGGUUUGGGUUGCCAGAGGGGUCUUUAUAGCCAUAGAGGCCACAGGAAGAGCUUCUUUGAUCUCAUUUGCAAGAAUUUCCACCACAGAUUGAAGUCUCAAUACUCCAGAACCUAUGGCGGCCGUGCCAGCCAAGGGCAGGAAAGACCACUCUAUUACUCAGCCCAUCUUUAAGUGCCUGCGGUUUUCUAUGUUCCAUUGUGCAGAGUGAUAUAUAAAAUUAAGAAAAUAUAUCCAGAGGAUCAUAACAUCCUAGAAUCCUGUGGGUGAAACCUGGUUAUCAGGCAAGGGUCACGUUCACCUCACUAUAAAAUAAAAUAAGACCAGCUUUCGAAUCCCCACCCAGCCAUGAAGCUCCCUGGGUGACCUUGGGCCAGUCACUGCCUCUCAGCCUGAGAGGGAGGCAAUGGUGAACCCCCUCUGAACACCGCUUGCCAGGAAAACCCUAUUUGUAGCAUCACCAGAAGUCGGAAUCAACUUGAAGGCAGUCCAUUUCAUUUUUCAUUUCAUACAUCUUUAUUUUAAAUCGCUCCUUCAUCAACAGUGGUGUGCCCUAGAAAUCCGGUGGAACUGGGGGACCCCAACAUCCUCAUCUGCUCCGUGGAC